AUGCCCCGCAACACCCACCGUUCUACUGCCUCGCAAGCUCGUAAAAGGACUCCAACUACCCUGCGCCUUCGUCUGUCCAAACCGCCUGUUCCGGAUGUUCCGGAUAACGACGAGAAUCCAACUGAUGAUGAGAAGGAGGAUAAGGAGGAGGAGGAGGAGGAGACACAGUCAGAAGAUCCUCGAUUUCUGCGAACACCUACCCCUGAGCCUGAGAUCUCAUUCAAGCUAUAUGAACGGGUAAUUAUCAAUAGGAUAAAGGAGCCUAUAAAGAUCAAGUUACGGAAUGUCACAACAAAUGAUAUGACUGUCAGCUUCUAUCAUAUUCAAUAUACUGCAAAAAGAAUAGCUGAAGACUUUCAUUGGAGUGUCAGAUUCCCAAUUAACAACCCAGGCAUUGGCAUCAAAAAGAGCAUUAGACGUCAAAGAAGAAGUAAUCUCACCAUCUGCCAAAUCCCACUCUAUCAUCCUGCCAAAUCCCCUCAAAUUCAUGAAAUAUCCGAUGAUGAAAAGCUGCCGCCUACGCAUACAAGAUCCACGGCCACUAGCCAGCAGCUGAAGAAGGCUCAAAAUUGA